UAAGAUUCAAUGUUCGGAACAUGGUUUCUUUUCCAAGGCUCAAAUUACUUUGGCUUAGAAAGAUGGAUUUUGUGGAUGGGAUCUUGACCAACAAACUACUGUCCAACUGCCCCAUCCUUGAAGAGUUAAGUUUGAUACAGUGUGGUGGUUUGAAGUGUGAAGCUUUAUGCAUUGCAAAUUUUGCACUGAAGAAACUGCACAUUAGAUCCUGUGAUUUUGGAGAAUCUACAUUGAAGAUAUAUGCACCUAAUCUGACGGCCAUCAGUUAUGAAGGAGAAUUACCGGCAAACUUUGUUUUCGGCAGUUUUCUGUCUCUAGUGGAGGCAGAUAAUGACGUACAUAACUAUAGGGAAAUCUCAGCCAAAACAGUUGUCCUAAUUAAGCUUUUUGAGUUGCUUUCUAAAGUAAAGAUUCUUAAAAUGUCUGGUCACUCCUUUCUGGUUCUAAGUCAGGUGGAUAUCCUCUUAACUGAUUUACCAGCAUUUAACAAUUUGAUCCAUCUGGAAGUUAGUUCAGAAUUUGAUUGGGAGCGUGUUGGUUCAGAUCCUGUUUCGACUUUGAGAAUAUUGUUCAGGUUUCUCCAGCUCUCGCCUAACCUAAAAACAAUUGUCUUUGCUACGAACAUUUACUGCUGCAGCAACGGACAAGAUGAAGGCUGCUAGUCACUUGAACCUAAGUGUUCGCUACUACACCUCAGGUCUGUCAAAUUCAGCUGUUUUUAUGGGAUGCCAGAGGAGUUAGAUGCGAUAAAACUCUUUUUCACGUGUGCUGGAGUUCUUGAGACGUUGACCAUAGUAGCUUCCCCACAUCUCUCUAGAAACUAUGAGGCACAAACCAAAGUAAUGAGGCAGUUAGUAACAUUUCCUAAACCCAUAAACUGUGUGAUUAACUUCGUGCUGAGUUCUGAAAACAUUUAACAGGUACCUCCAAUUUAUCAGUGUUGUUAAAAUUGUUAGGUUCAUUUCUCAAGUUUCGGUAUGAUUUUUGAAGUGUAGGCUGUAGCUAAUAUUUAUUGUCUUGAAUUGGAACAUUGGUGUAAAU